AUGUUCGGUUACUUUGUCGGAAUGCACAGGUAUUCAGUGGAAGGCGAGUUUAAAUCUUUAAAGAUGCGCGCGCUCAUGCGAAUUGAUGAUCCUUUUCUUCGAACGGAUAAUGCGCGGAUCAGGCUGGAAAGCGCGCGUGGUUCUCUAAGCGCCGAGAAAAAGUCCAUCGCGCAGUUGACGGGCUUCUUAUACAAGCAGCACUCCCAGCAACGUCUGAACUCUCUGAAGAUUCUGAAGAGGAUGAAGAUACUGAAGAAAGAUCCUCUGUGGAAGCUUUAUUGGACUGUUCGUAACGCCCCGAAUGAAAAGGAUCGCGAAACGAACCUCUCUGAUCCAUUCCUCGAACUGCCUAGUCGAAGUUAUUAUCCUGACUAUUUCGAUGAAAUAUCUCGUCCAAUGUCUUUGUUUAUGAUAAAUAAAAAGCUGAAGAGAAAUGAUUACAAAACGUUUGAGGAACUAUUCAAGGAUUUCAUGCAGGUAUUCGAGAAUGCUUGUGAAUAUAACAUGGAAUCGUCUGACAUUUACAUAGCUGCACAAAAAUUACAAAAUCUCACGAUUCGAAAGGCUCAAUACUCCCCCACCGGAGAAGAAAAAGUAUCGCUCGCCAAAGAAAAUGCGGCCGAUAUCAAACAGGAAUGCUCCGCUGAGCAUAUAAUCCUUACACCGGUCGACCAUGCGCAAAAGUUUGACGACUUAAUGCUUGCGUCAUCGGCAGAAGUGAGACUUCUGGAUCUUCAUUUACAAUCACAAGUUGGAAUCUACUGGCCCGCUGGCGCCUUCAUGGAACUGCCGUCUUCUCGAGAAUAUCCUGAUUAUUAUCAAGUUAUUGAACACCCUAUUGAUAUGAAAAUUAUCAGGGAUAAAAUUGAAAAUAACAGGUAUGAAUCCUCGGAUCAACUAAUGGAAGAGUUCACGGUUUUGUUCAACAACGCUCGACAAUAUAAUGAGGCUAACUCGCAAAUUGCACGCGACGCUGCGGUUUUGUUGACUAUGGUCACUACAGCACAUGCAUCCGACAAGGACGCUCCCUAUGAGAGUCCUCUCGCUUUGAAACAAAAGUUCGGUUGGCUCAAGACGAAACUACCUAAACCAAUAAGAGGUGGGGCGAAGUCGGCAAACGGUCUGGUUAAUGGCGCUGGUGGCUUCUCGGACGAUGACUCUUCGAAUUCCUCUGUUAGGAACCUCGUUCCGACUCCUCCCCAAAGGGCCAGGGCUACUCCGAAAGUUGAAAGGAAAACUGAGGAUAUGAUUACAAGGCUUCCUGCUCACGAACAGCAGAUGUGGAGACUGUAUUCCGUGGUUAGAGAUGCUACCGAUACGGAUGGCAGAAAGCUUGCUCUUGCCUUCAUAAAACUGCCUACCAAAGAGGAAUAUCCUGACUAUUACGAAGUGAUCAAAAAGCCUAUGGAUCUGCAGCGAAUACUGCAACGGCUGCAAGCUCACGGUUAUGGAAGAUGGAUUGAUCUCGUUGCUGAUCUGUCUCUUAUGUUAGAGAAUGCAUGUAAAUAUAAUGAACCUGAAAGUACCAUCUACAAGGAUGCCGUCGCCUUGCAACGGCUGGUAUUGGAGAAGAAACGUGAGCUCGGUGCUGCUGAAGACUGUAUGCCGCGUGUACAAAUGGAAAUUCGCACAAUGUUCACCAACAUUUUUGUCGCUGUUUUCUCCAAGAAGGUAGUCACCGAGGUUCAAAUUGUGCAAUUUUUAUCCUUUUUUUCUAUUGUUGGUAUAUGUCAGGACGCCGACGGAAGGUGCAGAUGUGACUCGUUCGCCGAACUGCCAGAUCUUCUGAAAGCACGCGGAUUCCCACGGGAUGAAUGGCCAUUUUCGCUGGAUCAAAUCAAGAGGAAUAUUGAUAAGGGUCGCUAUCGCCGCCUUGAUCGAUUUCAAAAGGACUUCUUCGAUCUGUUCGAACGCGCGAGGGAGCUCAGUCGGAGUGACUCGAAGCUUUUCGAAGAUGCGACAGAACUCCAGCUGGCUUUCAUACGAGAACGAGAUGCGCAGUGUAAAGGAGUCCUUGUUUCGACAGCUUUCAUCGCUAUAGAAAAUCAUAUCUUGGAAGCUGUUGAAAAAUUAAAGAAAUCCAAAAUGCAUCAGGAAGCUGAGAUUCAGCGGCGGGAGAGCAAUGAUCAAGAGAUUGAGAAACAGGAAGGAGAAGUCGAUUUGGACUCGCUCAACUUCGACGGAGUCGAGUAUGUGACACCGUCCUACGCUUACAUCUCUCGGACUGAUGACAACUCCCGAGCUCCUCCACACAUAAUGCGUAUAGAACGGAUUUUCAAGACGGACACUGGUGAAAUGAUGGUACGAGGGAAAUGGGUGUACAGGCCGCAUGAGACGUUGCAUUUGGCUAACAGGAAGUUCAUUGAGAAUGAAGUUUUCAUCACGCCAUUCAUUGACACGGUCCUGGCGGAAAGGCUGUGUGGAAAGUGUAUGGUUGUACCUGUAAAAGUUGCCAUGCAUAAUAUCGUUGAAGGUGUUGAUCCAAAUGAUUUGUUCGUCUGCGAAUGCCGAUAUCUUGGCAAACCACGAUAUUUUGCAAAAAUCAAGGUAUGGCCAUUCCCUGAAGAAGAGGACUCGUUGAAAUUGACAUCGAGAUCGCGUCCACUCUCCCCAGUGCGUGUGACGAGUACUUUCAUGAACGUGGAUGGCGUAGCGGACCGAGAAGACGACGAAAAAUCUCAGACGCAUUCGUCGUCAAGCUCGGAAGAGGACGACCGGCUUCGAGACUCUGUAGUUCUUGACAUUGAUCGACCAGAGAUUCCUGCACGUUCUGAUGCGGAUGCCGAUGGACGCACAUAUCUUCAUGCGAUGCGCACUCACAGCGGGAAAUAUCACGAUGUUGGCCAAUUCGUGCUGGUUUUUCAAUCCACAGAAACCAAUGUGCCGCUGAUUGGUGGUUGGCUAGCGCGCCCAGCGGAAAUUCAACACGACUGUGGACGAACGUUCUACGUGCGUGAAGUGUUCGCUGUUGACCAGCCAGACCAAACAAGACGAAUUCGAAGACAUUCAAAGCCACUGUGCAGUUCUUACUCCAAAGGAAUACAGCGACCAACGGAGAUUCCCGAAUGCGACGUUUUUGUGUGCGAGUCACGUGUUCCUGGUGUCUCGUUUGCAAAAGGAGAACCUUCUUCACUUUUCCCCAAACCGUUGGAGAAGGCUUCCGCAGAAGAUGAGAACUUAGAUCCGUUGAAUGGGAGCGCCCCGAUGCAUAUAGAAUCGGCGAAACCUGUUCGAAAAUUCAAG